AUGUCAACUCGUGUAUCCUGCAGCUUGGGGAGCUGGGUGCGUCUUGCGGGUGGCGGCCGAGCUCUACGAUUGGCGUGCGCUGCGAAAGGCUCUGCGCAGCUAAAGGUUGAACCUUUGCCAGUAGUAAACGAGCAAGAACAUCUACAGCGUUCCUUGGACUUGGGCCCAGCCUUCAAGCAGGCACCAGCCUUUGAGUAUGUGGCGGUCGCCUUCCGUUCGCAGCCGCGGUCCAAGCGCAACAAGGUGCAGCAGCGAGGCGUCACCGCAAAUACAAAACAUCAAGGUGGAAUUAAGAAAAUCUUUGGCAAAGUCGAUGAUGGCCAGGCGUAUCGCACGCUUGAGAUGGUAUCAGGCGAUCGAAGACUUCUCUUCGAGUCCACAGAGGGCGGCGGGAACGCCACAGCAGCUUCUGGAGCGAUAAAGCAACACGAGUCCGCAGCUCUGCUUGGCAACACCGACGCGAGCACCGCGACUGCCGACACCGUCAAGACGCCAGCAAACCCUGUCCGCACACGUCGACGGGCAGACAGGCAAUUAGCCAAGCUUAAGCAACCCGGCCCCAGGGCAUACACCAGCCCUGGUACCGCAGCCCGUACCUUGGAAUCUCGAAGGAACUCUUUCCGGCCUGUGGCUUCUAGGAUGGCGCCUGCUGCUGCUGAGUGUCCGCUUCGACAGGGCAAUCCCGCAGAUGCCUCCCGGGUGCCAUCCUGGCCGGACACAACCAAUCCUUCCGACGAGCAGCCGACCCAAACCACAGUCAAUGUCCCUGAUAGGACCAGCAACAUGCGCGAUGCUGCCAUUCCCGUGUCCGUCAGCCGGCUACACCACCUCGCCUCCACGGACACAUCAAUUGGGCAGCAACAAGAGCCAAAACAGCCAAUCCCCCCUCAAACUUCCCACUCGCAACAAGAACGAAAACACCCGCAGCCGUCGCCGCAGCGGCGAGCGGCGGCUCGUCACAGUCAACGUGUGGUAGCGGCGGCAGCAGGGGUAGACAUUUUGGCUGCCGACGCGCGUGCGGUCGCCGGCGAGCGCCUGGCAGCCGCAGCCGCGCUACUGCAGAUGCCUGUCAAGGAACUGCACCGUUAUCGUGGCUUCUGCUCGGAGCUGCGCGCUCUGGAGCUCAGUCCUGCGGCUUUGGCGGCGCUGUGCGGCGUCCUAGUCCAAGAUCUCGGCCUGGCACCGCCGCAGCUAUGUGCCGUUCUGCUGCGUCAACCCCACGUACUGCGCGUGCCGCCGGGUGUCCUUGCGCGUCGCGGCGCCGCGCUGGCGCUGGAGCUACAGCUGCCACCGCCUCUGGGGCCCGGCGGGGGCGGCCCACUCGCCGCCAUCGUGGUGGCGGUUCCGGACGUGCUGUUGCGGCGCAGCGAGUUUGCCGGCACCACCGCCGCGCUGGCGGAGGCGCUGGUGCUGCCGCCGGCUGAUGCCCUGGCGUUACUGUGUGGCGAGCCGCAGCUGCUCAGGCACCAGCCUGGGUUCUUCGCGCUUAGUGUGGCGCAGCUUAGGGAGCAGCUGGGCCUGUCCCCGGCGGCUGCGGCGGCUCUGGCGGCGGCUGAGCCACAGCUCCUGUCGGUCUCUCCCGGUGUGUUGCAUGCGAACGGCGCACUCCUGCGGUCGCGGUUGCAGCUGCAACCCGAGCAAUUGGCCGAGAUGGCAGCGCGCGCCCCGGAGCUGCUCAUUCGGUCGCCCGGCGUGCUACGCGCGGUCGUGCAGCGCCUGACGGCGGUGCUAAGUCACUCUGCGGCCUGGAGGGAGGCGCUGCCGCGGCUGCUGGCGUCGCCGCGCAACCUGGCGGUGGCGCUGUCGUUCGGCAGCGACCGAUACGAUCGGCUGGAGUACCUUGCGGCGACGGGACGUGACCGGAUCAUGAGCUUCAAGGAGGGCUUAUCGCUGAGCGCGGAAGAAUUCCAGGAAGUGUUCCCGGAAUACCUGUAUAACGACUGGCGGAAGGCGGUUGCUCCGCAGGCGCAGCCGGCAAGAGUGUCCCACCACACGCACGGGGCGCCCGCACACUUGCACGCCCCCUCGCACGCAAGGUCGACUCGGACUGGGUGA